GGCGGCAGCAGCGCCGAGAAGGGUGGGAAGCGCCGGGGCGAGCAGCGAUCGCUGCAGCCUCCCCGCCCGAAGCCGCGAGCAUGAGGCGGGACGUGCGCAUCCUCCUGCUGGGGGAAGCCCAAGUGGGAAAAACAUCCUUGAUCAUGGCUCUAGUGGGUGAGGAAUUCCCUGAAGAGGUUCCCCCUCGGGCGGAAGAGAUCAUCAUUCCUGCAGACGUCACUCCUGAGAAGGUUCCCACCCACAUUGUAGACUAUUCAGAAGCCGAACAGACAGACGAAGAGCUCCAAGAAGAGAUUGCCAAGGCCAAUGUGGUGUGCAUGGUCUAUGACGUCACAGAAGAGGCCACCAUUGACAAGAUUCGGACAAAAUGGAUUCCGAUGGUGAAUGGUGGCAUUGAGAGGUGUGCCAGGAUCCCCAUCAUUCUUGUGGGAAACAAGUCCGACCUGCACACCGGGAGCUCCAUGGAAACCAUUCUGCCCAUCAUGAACCAGUUCUCUGAGAUCGAGACCUGCGUGGAGUGUUCAGCAAAGAACCUGAAAAACAUUUCUGAGCUCUUCUACUAUGCCCAAAAAGCUGUCCUUCACCCAACUGCCCCUCUCUAUGAUCCAGAGGAGAAACAGUUAAGACCAGCAUGUGCCCGAGCACUCACUCGCAUUUUCACCAUGUCUGAUCAGGACAACAAUCAAAUCCUAAGUGAUGAAGAGCUGAAUUAUUUCCAGAAAUCCUGCUUUGGAAACCCGUUGGCUCCUCAGGCUCUGGAAGAUGUCAAAAUGGUGGUGUGGAAGAACACGACAGACGGUGUCCAGGACAAUGGCCUUACACUCAACGGCUUCCUUUUCCUCAACACCCUCUUCAUCCAGAGAGGGCGUCACGAGACUACAUGGACCAUUCUCCGCCGCUUUGGCUAUGACGAUGCCCUGGAGCUGACCGAUGACUAUCUCUGCCCAGUGAUCCGGGUACCCCAGGACUGUACUACAGAGCUCAACCACUUCGGGUACCAAUUCCUGCAACGGAUGUUUGAGAAACAUGACAAGGAUUGUGACGGCGCCCUCUCGCCCGUCGAGCUGCAGAACUUCUUUGGUGUGUUCCCCUACAUCCCCUGGGGACCUGAGCUCUACCACACGGUAUGCACCACAGAUAAAGGCCUGCUUUCCCUGCAUGGAUUCCUCUGCCAGUGGACGCUGGUUGCCUACCUGGACGUCCAUCGCUGCUUAGAAUACUUGGGCUACCUGGGGUAUCCCAUCUUCUCCCAGCAGGAUUCUCAGAUUUACGCCAUCACAGUCACCCGGGGGAAAAAGAUUGACUUGGAGAAAGGCCAGACUCACCGGAAUGUCUUCCUGUGCAAAGUGAUCGGGUCUCAGGGAUCUGGCAAGUCCGCUUUCCUGCAGGCCUUUCUAGGGAAGAAAGCGGAGGUCCAAAGUGAAUCUGAAGAAAGCAGAUCAUCCUAUUCAAUUAAUACCGUGCUGGUCAAUGGACAGGAAAAGCAUUUAAUUCUGCACGAGAUUGAGGCCUGUGUGGAAUUUGCAAAAACCUCCGACAUAACGUGUGAUGUUGCCUGCUUCUUGUAUGACGUGACAGACUUCAAGUCUUUCAAUUACUGUGCUAAUAUUUAUAAGCAACACUACAUGGACAGUCAGAUUCCUUGUCUCUUCGUGGCUUCCAAAACUGACCUGCCGGAAACAGCCCUUCCGCACGGCUUCUCCCCAGCCGAGUUCUGCUACAAACACCGCUUGCAGCCCCCGUUUUACUUCUCCUGCAUCAGCCAGGAACUUCUCAGCACCGCGGUCUACACCAAACUAGCCACAGCCGCCACGUUUCCGCACUUGAACGACAUCGAGUUGGGUGCAUCGUCCGUCUGGAUCCGCAUCGCCUUGGGAGCUGCCGUGGCCACCAUCGUGGGAAUCAGCCUCUACAAGGCAAUGAUGAAGAACAAGUAGAGGACAGCGAGGAAUCUCUCUUUUCUUUUCCUCCCUGCUCUAGGUUGUUUCUUCCACCCACGUCCAGGAAACCCAACUUCAUUUGCCCUCGAGCACUUUGCAAAAACC